CCCGAGGGGAGGGAGGCGGCAGCGGCGACGACGGAGGCGGCAAUAGCGGCGCUGGCGCUCGGGCCACUCAGGAGUUCCCCCACAGUUGACAAUAAAGAAGUAAAUUUCAGUAAAACAACGUCCUAGAGGAUGGUAAAAUAAUGAGAAGAGCAAUUUGAGUAACCUUUUGGUGAUGUUGCCUAAGAGGGUGGAAAUAGCUGCAUUCCAGACCAUGUGGUGAUGAAAUCAGGAAUUGGAAGAAAAUGGAAACAGUACUGUUUUUUGUGAUGUGCAUAACGUUGCCCCUCAUAAGAGGGCACAGUUUCUUUACCUGUGAACCAAUUACUGUUCCCAAAUGUGUGAAAAUGACCUACAAUAUGACAUUUUUCCCUAAUUUGAUGGGACAUUAUGACCAGUCUAUUGCUGCACUAGAAAUGGAGCCUUUUCUCCCUCUAGCAAAUCUGCACUGUUCACCAGAUGUUGACACUUUCCUCUGCAAUGCUUUUGUGCCAGCCUGCACUGAGCAAAUUCAUGUGGUUCCUCCUUGUCGAAAAUUUUGUGAGAGAGUAUACUCUGAUUGUAAAUAUCUAAUUGACACUUUUGGGAUCACGUGGCCAGAGGAGCUUGAAUGCAGCAGGUUGCAGUAUUGUGAUGAGACUGCUCCAGUCGCUUCUGACCUCACCACCAAGUUUCACGACCCACCGAAAACACCACAACAGGUUCAAAGAGACUAUGGAUUUUGGUGUCCCAGGCAUUUGAAGACAUCUGGUGGACAAGGCUACAAAUUUCUUGGAAUUGACCAGUGUGCACCUCCAUGCCCUAACAUGUAUUUCAAAAAUGAUGAAUUGGAAUUUGCAAAAAGCUUCAUUGGAAUUGUUUCAAUAUUUUGCCUAUGUGCAACUUUGUUCACCUUCCUGACUUUUCUAAUUGAUGUUAAAAGAUUUAGGUACCCAGAAAGACCAAUCAUAUAUUAUUCUGUCUGUUAUAGCAUUGUAUCAUUAAUGUACUUUAUUGGAUUUUUGCUAGGCAAUAGCACAGCUUGUAAUAAGGCAGAUGAAAAACUAGAGCUUGGUGAAACAGUUGUUUUGGGUUCCCAAAAUAAGGCUUGUACUGUUCUCUUUAUGCUUUUGUAUUUUUUCACAAUGGCAGGCACUGUAUGGUGGGUGAUUCUUACCAUUACGUGGUUCUUAGCUGCGGGAAGAAAGUGGAGUUGUGAGGCGAUUGAACAAAAGGCCGUGUGGUUUCAUGCAGUUGCUUGGGGGAUGCCUGGUUUCUUGACAGUUAUGCUUCUGGCUAUGAACAAAGUUGAAGGGGACAAUAUCAGUGGUGUUUGUUUUGUUGGCCUUUAUGACCUUUAUGCUUCUCGAUACUUUGUUUUAUUGCCUCUGUGCCUUUGUGUGUUUGUUGGAUUGUCUCUUCUUUUAGCUGGCAUUAUUUCUUUAAAUCAUGUACGGCAAGUUAUUCAGCAUGAUGGAAGAAACCAAGAAAAACUCAAGAAAUUUAUGAUUAGAAUUGGAGUCUUCAGUGGUUUGUACCUUGUUCCAUUAGUGACACUUCUUGGGUGUUAUGUCUAUGAGCAGAUAUACAGGAUUAUCUGGGAAACAACUUGGGUCUCUGACCAUUGCCAUCGAUACCAUAUCCCAUGCCCCCAUCAGGCAAAAACAUUAGCACGUCCAGAAUUGGCAUUGUUUAUGAUAAAGUAUCUGAUGACAUUGAUUGUUGGAAUCUCUGCAGUCUUUUGGGUGGGAAGCAAAAAGACCUGCACAGAAUGGGCCAGUUUCUUCAACAGAAAUCGCAAGAGAGAUCCCAUCAGUGAGAGCAGAAGAGUGUUGCAAGAAUCCUGCGAAUUUUUCUUAAAACACAAUUCUAAAGUUAAACAUAAAAAGAAACACUACAAAUCAAGUUCACACAAACUGAAAGUAAUUUCCAAAUCCAUGGGAACCAGUACAGGAGCUACGGCAAAUCAUGGAACAUCUGCAGUAGCGAUUGCUAACCAUGAUUGCUUAGGGCAAGAGAAUUUGACAGAAAUCAAAACGUCCCCAGAAGCAUCUGUGAGAGAUAUGGGAGCAGAUGGAUCCUCCCUUCAGAAAGCAAGAGAAAAUAAUGUGGGAGAGCAUACGUCACCUGCAGAUUCUAGUUCUAAACUGUCUGUAGAGCAAGUAGAAAGAAGAUGCAAGACAGGAAACUCAAAUGAUAAGAGCAGUGUAUCCGGAAGUGUGUGGAGUGAAGGAAGGGUAACUCCAAAAGCCAAUUUUACUGAAACUCACCUUCUGCAGAGUAGCAACUUGCAGAUACCCAGCACUUCACAACCAGGUAGUCCUAAGGGCUCUACAUCACUGCUCAUCCACUCUACUUUGGACACUGGGAAAGAACAGAGUUCUGGAAAUAAUUCAGAUACUUGAAAAAGGAAAAUCUCCACACAAUUUCAUUUAACUACUAACCUAGAAGGGGAUUCAUAUUACACUGGAAAAGACCAAUGAACUAAGCCUUACAAACACCUUUGUAUACAUCUCUCAUUUUGCACAUAGAGUUACAUUGCUUGCUGUUACAAUGGAGAGAAGGGAUUUCAAGGAUGCUGUGUCAGUUUAUGAAGAGGUUAAUGAUAGCAAGAAACCCAAAAAACUGAAUUGCACAGGUUUAACAAUAACAGGACAGAUAUGGAGAUGGUGGAGAGAAGAAUCUUUCUCUUAAGUUGAUGAACACUGUCUCUUAAAACUUAUUGUAGGCUGACCAUUUCACUUUUGUGAGAUUGUCAAGAUUUUAUUUUACUGCAAUAAUUUUACUCUAACUCUUCCUACUUGUCUUUUUUAUUUUAAGAGUAAGUAUAUAAAGGAUUGCCAAAACUAUUUAAAUUUUGUACUAUACUGCUGGGCCGUUAUCUCAUUUUAACACUGUCAUUGGUAGUUUUUACACUGAGUUUUAAAGAGAAAAUAGGGAGUGGAAUGGAGAUAAUAAUAGCACCUAUCUUACAACAUUGUUGUGAGGAUCAA